UCUAGAAAAUAAGAAUAGAUACAACCCACAUUAGCACACACGCAUCUUAUAGCAUCACAUCCAAUGGCUAUAAAAGAUGAAUGGGACCAAAUUAUGUCUCAUCUAGAUGAGUUCUAGUAAAACUAUAUAAGAUCUGCCCUCUCCUGCAUCAUCUACAAAAUCUUCGAUCCCACCAACAUAAGCCUUCCUCAUUCGUUCAUUCAGCUGUAGAACUCUGAUCAUCGACCAGAACCAAUACUCUCCUCAUCUGAUUUCAUUUGUUGUCCGCCACCUGAUUGAUCAGUAGCGCGCAGCGGGUGAUCCGGCAACCAUGGAGGCAGCGGUAGCUCGCGCCGACACAGCAGCAUUAUUCUCGGGCCAGGAGGACGCCGCCGAGGGGAGCAUGUCCAGCCUGCCGGCUCGGGUCGCUGGCUCGAUCGUCCGCGGCGUCAUCACCUUCAUCUUCGCCACAGUGGGCACGAUUCUGGGAGCCAUCACGGGCGGCACGAUCGGGCUGGCGACGGAGAGCGGCCUCGUCCGCGGCGCGGGCAUCGGCGCCAUCUCCGGCGCCGUGGUGGCCAUGGAGGUUGUCGACAGGUCCAUGGCCAUGUGGCGCUCCGACGAGUGCGGCAUCUGGAGCGUCCUAUACGUGCUUGACGUGAUCUGGAGCCUCCUGACGGGCCGUCUGGUGCGCGAGAAGGUGGACCCCGCAGUGCAGAACGCCGUCGACAGCCAGAUGAACGCCGCGGGCGACGGGUUCAGCGACGGCCCGCCGACGCUCUCCGAGAUGUUUGACAUGGGCUCCGCCUCCUUCAAAGGCAUGGCCGCAGACGCCAUCGCCGAGCUCCCCGCGACGACCAUCACCGAGCAGCAGGCCGCCGUGCAGGACGGCGGCUGCUCCGUGUGCCUCCAGGAGUUCGAGGCCGGCGAGGCGGCGCGGAGCCUGCCGGAGUGCCGCCACACGUUCCACAUGUCGUGCAUAGACGGGUGGCUGUGCCGGCAUGCGUCGUGCCCGCUGUGCCGCCGCGCCGUCUAGGCCUGGCGUACCCGGCUCGUUAGGAUCGAUGUGUGCAUAGCCAGCGUAUAUACACACGUGUUACGCGCGUGUGUGGGUGUGGCGCUAGCACGUACGGCACGCGCACGCACAUACGGGAAGUUCGUUAAUUUGUUAUACGUAGUUAGCUAGUUGGGUUGAAGGCUGAGACUGACAUGACAUGACACUUAUGCCGACAAGUUCUUUCGUGACUUGUUCGUUGCCUUCAUUUCUGCGGAAAUGAUGAUUGUAUUGCUAUACCACACGCGCUGCUGGUUGUGAAUAUAUGUAUAGAAAAUCAUCAGCAUUCAGAUUAUUAUCCUUUUUGUCA